AAUUUUUCAGUGGUGGCGGAUUAAAGCAAUAGUUCCUCGUUGGUGCUUGAAAAAAAAGGUAGAAUCUGCCGUUAGGCAGAUAAACUGAUACCUGAUUCUGAAAAACUCUGGAGUCUCCACGUGUCUCUCUACAUGGCAAAACUCCUCUUCCAAACACCCACAGCUCUCUUCUCAUCCAUGGCCUGUCCCUCUCCGAUUUCCUUUUUGUGAAACAACAAAUAUUGAAAAAACUAGUUACUAAAUUACGAAGUAUUUUUAAUAUACGCGGUGAUAUGCACAUACUUUUUGUCCAUUUCUAACAUUCUUCAUUAUUACCAGCGUUUGAUUGUAAAAGGGUUAUAACAGAUCUGUGAAGCUCCGGUUUCUUUUUGGGGUUUCCUUGAAUUUUUGGGUUUUGAUAACAAAAAUAGAGCUCUGCUAUUGUGGGAAUCCCUAUUUCCAGGUAACAAAAGAAGCUAAACGGAGAUCCCAUUAUCCGACCCCGAAUCAAGCAAUGGAUGCCACUUCACCAGUCCCAGGCCCGAACGAAGAUUCUCAUCGGCUCAAAUUCCUCUGCAGCUUUUCCGGCAGCAUUCUUCCCCGGCCGCAGGACGGCAAGCUCAGAUAUGUCGGCGGGGAGACCCGCAUAGUUACCAUCCCACGCCACAUAACCUACGAAGACCUCAUGUCUAAAAUGAAGGAGCUUUUCGAACACGUGGCCGUGCUUAAGUACCAGCAGCCGGACGAGGAGCUCGACGCCCUCGUCUCAGUCGUCAAUGACGAUGACGUCAUCAAUAUGAUGGAAGAGUACGACAAGCUGGGCUCAGUCGACGGGUUCACAAAACUCAGAUUGUUCCUUUUCUCACCCCUCGAGCAGGACGAGGGCCCCCUGCCAUUAAUGGAGGGGGACAGCGAGAGAAGGUACGUCGAUGCAUUGAACAGCCUAAACGAGUCACCUGAUUACAGAAAGCAUCAUCCCGGUGAAUUGGGUUUGUCAUCGUUCGAUGACACUGAGCAGUACAUGGAGCUCCCAAUGGCUCAGAUGAACCUGCGGCACCUGAUCAUUCCUCAAGUGGGGUCAGGCCAGGCUCAGGCCCAACAGCCUAUCGGCAGCCAGCGGUUUAGUGAGGUGGAGGCCCCGUGGAGCCCGGCAUACUACUCCCCUACCUCGCCCUCGUUGAGGUUACCAAUGGAGGAUUAUGGGGUGGUUUUGCUUCCAGCUGGCGAAAAAGCGGCAGGUUUCCCUGGAAACUUGCUCCACCACCAAGUGGGGUCGAGCGCUUAUGAAGGGAAUAGCAUUUGCGAAAAUUGUAGGAUGACAUUUCAGAGGAAUUGGACAGAGGAUCCCAGACAUGGUUAUGUCAUGGAAAAUGGGCCGAGUGUUCCGUGUGGGCAUGAGAAUCAACAUCAUGGUCGCUCGGGCAUUGACUAUGGUUAUGAUCAGGCACACUUGCCAUUCAUGGAUGAACGUGGGGUCCGCUAUGGAAAUCCGGCUACGUUUGUAUAUGGGCCUCAUGGUCAUAUGCCACCGCAGUCCGCCUGGCGGAAUGUUCACGGCCCGUUCCAGAUGGGAAGCCCGUCUUACGAGAUGCCCGUUUCGUCUCAGAUGGUUAAUGGCUCUUUGAGUGGGCCGAUGGGAUUUGUGAGGGCUGGUGUAGAGAAUCAGAGCUCUGAGUCGUCACAGAAAGCUGCAGCAGUUGAUGCUUCUUCUCUCAUGCCGGACUAUUCUCACUUCCAGGCUGUGAAAAAUACUCCCAAUAGACAAUUUUUGGACAACGUCCAAUCUGCAUCUCUUGCUCCUUCUGGCGUAGAGUGCGAAAAUCGGAAUGGAAGUAGUAAGUUUGUUAAGGUAAACAGGACCUGUGGGUAUGAAGAGGGUAAAGAGAAAAGUAAUGAAGUGAAGGGUAAAGAAUGUGGUGUUCCUGAAAAUAGAGAAUCUGCGUUUGUUGAAAAUAGUGGUGCUGUAAAUGAGUCUAAUAAUGCCAAUGUUCUUGAGGAGAAACCGGAUGAUGGACAGGAAUUUUUACCCGAGGUAAUUGUUUCCGUGAAAGAGGCUGCUCUGCAGAGUUCGGAGGUGGUGAAUGCGAAAGCUCAGAAAGAAGACAAAAAUUUGGGGAGCGACCGUGGUUCUGUUGAAAAAGGAGAUGUUCAAAAUCGCAAAAAUGGAGCAGAUGACAAUGCGGACUUGGAGGUAGAAGAUGAUAGCAGUGAUAAUGUUGAUAGCUCCAAAAUAGAACUGACCAAAGCUGAGGAAGAAGCUCUUGAUAGAGGAUUGCAGACUAUAAAGAAUGAAGAUCUGGAGGAGAUUCGGGAGUUGGGUUCUGGGACAUAUGGUGCUGUGUACCAUGGAAAGUGGAAGGGAUCAGAUGUAGCCAUAAAAAGAAUAAAAGCCAGUUGCUUUGCUGGAAGGCCAUCUGAAAGGGAACGUCUGAUUGCUGAUUUUUGGAAGGAAGCUCUGAUACUCAGUUCCUUGCACCAUCCAAAUGUCGUCUCUUUUUAUGGAGUUGUUCGAAACGGCCCUGAAGGAUCUCUAGCAACAGUGACGGAAUUCAUGAUUAAUGGAUCUUUGAAACAAUUUCUGCAAAAGAAGGACAGAACAAUUGAUAGACGGAAGAGACUCAUUAUUGCCAUGGAUGCUGCAUUUGGCAUGGAGUACUUGCACGGGAAAAAUAUUGUUCAUUUUGACCUUAAAUGCGAAAAUCUGCUGAUUGGUGAUCUCGGAUUAUCCAAGGUAAAACAACAUACUUUAGUUUCCGGAGGUAUACGUGGGACAUUACCCUGGAUGGCCCCUGAACUUCUUAGUGGCAAGAGUAACAUGGUCACAGAAAAGAUUGAUGUUUAUUCAUUUGGGAUAUGCAUGUGGGAGUUGCUUACUGGUGAUGAGCCUUACACUGAUAUGCACGGUGCUUCUAUAAUUGGUGGCAUUGUGAACAACACACUGCGCCCGCAAAUCCCGACAUGGUGUGACCCUGAGUGGAAGUCACUGAUGGAAAGCUGUUGGGCCUCCGACCCAACCCAAAGGCCCGCAUUUUCGGAAAUUGCUCAGAGUUUGAGGAAUAUGGCUGCUGCCAUGAAUCUCAAAUGAUGCCAUUUUUUAUGGACAAGCAGUAAUUUUUCACUUAUGCUAUUGGGAUGAUGAUCAUGCAGUUAGUGGAGUGGUUUCAUUCUUCCAUUUUUAUGUUUUAGCUCGAAACUUCGGUGGCGAUUGAGAUGGAAUGUACAUAUAUAAUUAAAGGAAGUGUUAUCGGUGGAGAAUGGGAUUAAACAUUGUUGAAGAAUCUCUAUCUUGUACAAGUCCACACUAACGUGUUAUUAAACUUAUCAUAUUGCACCAACCUUCUCACAUUUUUAGGCUGUAGAAGGUGAUGUGUUGGCAUGCUGGGGGUAGUUUAGUGAUUGAAGCGGGACUGAGUUNAAAUCUUGAAGGUGGACAAGUUGCUUCGAAAAUGCGAAGAAAUUAUUAUUUUGAUCAUGCAUCAGGUCUACUGUUUGGUCGUAGAAGAGUGAUUUGGAGUUUAUUCAUGGGAAGUGACCGAUCUUAUAUUAUAUCAAUUGAACUUAAAAAAUAAAUGUCAUAAAUUUAAUUUAGCAAUAAAUUUGUACUGCAAAUGUGCAAUUCAAAACUGGAUCGUUCACUCGAAGCAGCAAAUAUAUAUAGAGUGUGUACACUCUGUCUCAAGUAGGGAGUGGGAA